CUUUAUCAAGUACGUUCAUCCGGCUGUCAUUUCGGAGGAGUGACCAAGGAAAAGAUAGAAAUGUCAUCGAGAGCGGAAAAAGAAAGAACUAAGGCUCUACAAGAGAAGUUCCAGGCUGUUUUAUCUGGUCUUCUGAAAGAUGAAGAUAAUAAAUAUUGUGUAGAUUGUGAUGCGAAAGGACCAAGAUGGGCAUCAUGGAAUCUUGGAAUAUUUCUGUGUAUUCGAUGUGCUGGAAUACACAGGAAUUUAGGAGUUCACAUAACAAAAGUGAAGUCAGUGAAUUUGGAUUCAUGGACCACAGAACAAGUAGCUAUGAUGAUGGAGAUGGGGAACAGCAGGGCCAGAGCGGUAUAUGAAGCCAAUGUUCCAGAUGGAUUUAGACGACCACAGACAGAUUCAAGAUCGCUGGAAUCCUUUAUAAGGGCCAAGUAUGAGCAGAAGAAGUACAUUGCUAGAGAGUGGGUUCCACCUAAGCCGUCUAUACCUAAGGAGCUGAGAACUGACUCGUUGGAGAUGGACGACAAGGCUGACAAAAGGAAAGCCAGGGCCAAAAACUCAGGAAUCCAGCUGAAUUCUGUACCUAAACCUGGCCCUAAGGCAGCCACUGGUAACGUCUCCAAGCAAAGCAGUGAGGAGACCUCUCCACCCCCGAAAAAGGCUGAGACCAAACCACAGCCUGUCAAGAGCUCACAAGAUCUCCUUGGAUUAGACAUGUCCCCUGGUAAAAAGCCAAAUAAUCAGAACGCAGACCUUCUUGGCGAUUUCAAUGAUUUCAUGGGUGCACCUAGUCAGCAAACAGCAUCUACAGUACCCUCUAGUCAGCCUCUGCAACAGAAUGGCAAUGCAGAACCCAAUUUAUUUGAGGACUCCAACAGCUCAGCUGAGAAGGUUCCAGAGAAAUCCACCAAGGAUUCUAUCAUGGCUUUGUUUGGUCCGACUGGGAUGCCCCAGCAGCAGCAACAGCAGCAACCACAACAGUUCGGCGUACCAGCUGGUGGUACCUCCUACUUUUAUGUACCCCAAACCGAGGUUGGCAUACCCAACCAGUAUGAAGCAGGUGGUAUGUACAUGCCCCAGAAUGCCAACCCUGCAAUGUACGGGAUGCCAGGGGCGGUGCCAGCUCAGACAGCAGGCAUGAUGUACCAGCAGCAGCCACAAGGAAUGAUGGCUAUGCCUCAGCAGCAGCAGCAGCAGCAGCCUAACAUGUAUGCAGGAAUGAUGGGGAUGCCCCAGCAGGGAAACAUGGCGAUGGCAGGCAUGCCCCAGGGCAAUAUGGCCAUGUAUGGUCAACAACCACAACAGAUGCAGCAGCAACAGAUGCAGUUCCAGCAGAUGCAGCAGCAGAUGUCAGCCAUGCGUGUGGGUGGCGGAAACAUGAUGGGACAGCCAAUGCCGAGUACAGGGGGGUUAAAUUGGGGGGCCCAGAACAGCAGUGGACACACACUAUCUACCAAUCUUUGGCAAUGAUAGUUGCUGUUUUAGAUCAUUUACAUUAUUUGUUGUCAUGUGCAUGGAAUUCCUGUGGAUUGUCCGUCACAUUGCUGAGAGGUGUCAGCAAGAUCGGGAGUCAAAAUUGUUCACGCGUUAGCCAUGCUUAUGUUUGGGAGGAAGCUGUCAAGGGAAGAGCAGGACAAAGAAAGAACAUUCCAGUUAUAGACUGUGUUUUAAUCACUCAAUGUAAUGUUAAUGGUAAGAUGCCUGCUAAUUUGUAAGGUGAUGUCUGUUUUAGCUAGCGUACAUGCAGGGAAGUCAUUCUGUGACGUAAUUGUGGAGUAUAAACUAGAAGUGCUACAGGGUGUUUAUGUAAUACGUUCAGAUGAUAUUAGACAAUUCGGCACAUGUAAAGUAUUACAAUAUUACCUCCGUAAAUCAACGUUGUCUCCGUGUAGCGUUCAUUGUGUCCUGUUAGGAAAUGUAAUUACUUCGUAUGCAAUUCAGAAUGUCUUCAUUUAUUUAGGCUUGCUCAAGAUUUCCGUUAUUUAUAAGCAGUGUCUUGAAUGUAUCAUCCAAUGGAGAGACGUCUUGGGUUUAUUGAUUAAUACCAACAUCGCUACACACCUGCGUUAUCAAUGUAGUGCUUUAACUUCUGUCUCCAUCAUUUCAUAUGACAUUUCAUAGAAGGGUGUCGCGCGAUUAACAAAUUGUAAAAUACUGAUUAUAAUGAGAUGUUGUUGAACUAUUCACAUCAACAACUUGCCUGCUUUCCUUUCGCUAUGUAGACAUUUUGGUUGAGGAAUUUCUGUACAAUGAACAACGGCUUUCAUGAGUUGCGAUACUCCAAUGAAAACAUCAGGACUUAACUUGUACAAGAUUGCAGUUUCUCCUGCUGGACAGGUGUUUGUAGGGCAGCCAGUGUGAUAGAGCUAAAGCUACAGCUUAUGACAAUAAGGAUAUAGAGCAUGUAAUUCAUUAAUAAAACUGUGAUUUAUUUUUUAAUAUAUAUCUAUUGUCAUGUCAGAAUUUGUUUUUUUUAAACAGUUCAUGAUUGUUUUGUCAUGCAUAUUCGGUCAAGUGGCGCCUUUCCAUUUUUUCUUGUUUCGACUUUUAAUAAAGAUGAAUGAUCAGUUAUUCACAGAAUUUUGUACAGUAACAUAUCUGUUGCCUACUUCAUCUAAAUGUGAUUCACUUAAAAAUCAGUUGGGUUUUUUUGCUUUAAAAAAUGAUAAUUGGCAAACAUUGAAAUGCUGAACAAUCACCAAGCUAAAACUAUUCAUGAAUUACGAUGUAUGUGCUGUCUAAGAUGACAACUCUCAUAAAUGCAGACUUUCUAUACACUUAGUGGUGACCGGAUCAAUUUGGGCCUGAAUGUUUUUCUUAAUGAUUUUUUCUCGAUCAUUGUCUUUUAUCUUUUUCACCCCUUUUGUUUUUGAUUCAACACACUGGUAGUUGAGUGAAAUACUACCCAGUAAUAUACUGAUGUUAAUUGACGACAGACCGUUAUGAAAAAAGUCAAUAAAACGUCAGAAUAAUUCGGACUACUUCCAACAGUGCUGUGCGACAGGUUUCAAAAGUACUGGUUUAUCAUGAAAGGGUGAAAUGUUGCAUAAGUUUGUUCAAUAUAAUGGGGGUAGCAUUCAGAAAAAAAAAUUAGAACCUUAAUUUUGAUAAUGGAAAUUUAAAAUAUGUUUGUGAAUGUUUCACUACAUAUAAGCUACUGAGUUCAGUCCUGUUGUUAUUUCCUAUAGGUGUAAUCCGUUUUGUUUGGUCUUGUGUGUAGUCUGAUUUGUUUUAUCUUGUGUGUAGUCUGAUGUUUGGUUUCAUUUUUAAUAGACUUCAUUCAGUCACAGUUUGCUUGGGUUGGGUCUGACAGUAUAAAUAUCUAUAUGUAUCAUUGAAGUAAUGUCAUGCAUAAGUGAUGACUUAUAUGGUUUUAAGUACGGUAGAUCGUGUCUGUCUUCGAAGACUUCUUAAUGUAAUAAGCUGUUUUUUGACAUGUGUAAGUCCCAAUUUACGGGUGGUAGUGACAUUUUGUGUAAUCCUAUGACCAUAAUCAUAGAGUUUAUGUCCAGCCCCUGUGCUCAGUAUGAACAAGUACAUGUAAUAUGUUUUACAGUGUAUGUUCAGCUGCCACGCUGAUGUUGACAGUGUGGUGAUCAUGGUGACAAUACUGUGUGGUAUGUACUUGGGACUGUAGUUAGAAAAUUUCGUUAAACUGAUGUCCAUGUCAUUAAAAACACAGGUACCCACAUCAUCAUCAGGUGUCUGAACACAUGAUCUUUUAUUAUCUGGGCAUCUUUUCAGGAAAAUGUCUUGUCAAGUGUAUCAAUGAUGUGUAUCCUUAUUCAGAGGCGUUUUAGUCAUACUGUUAUGUAAUUGGGGGGAUAUUAUGAUUGGCAGGAUAUUUUCAAGGGGAGUUUAAAAAAAACAGGUAUUUUAUAAGAUGUUUAUAAAUUUGCCAAAUGUGUUUUAUAUCUAGUAAUUAAAAGCUACUCACAAUUAAAUGUGAGUUAAAAUGCUUAAUUUAAUUAAAAAAUAAUUAAGUUAACAUAUGAUUUACAUCUGUUUAAUGAUUUGUAUGAACUACAACGAUUUAAAGUUGAAAACAUGUUGCCAGUCCUUUCUAUCAUUAUUUUAGCAAAGCACCUUACUCAUAUAAUUUUAUACAUUUUGCCAUCUGCCAGUAGUCUGGUGAAAGCUAUAGUCAGAAUAAUUUUAUUAUCUCACCUGGCCAAAAAAGCUAAAUUACGAGCUGAUGCCAUGAUACCGGCCAGUGUCCAUGUUCUGUCGCACGUCCAUUGUUAACCGUUCCUUUACAAGCCUAUACUAGUCCAGAACAGCUGAAUGUAUUUUGACUUAUUUGACAUCGAACAUCUCUAGACAAAGGGACAUUGGUGUUGUGUAAAGGAAUUGGGUGGUGUCUCUAGGGGCGGAGAGGUACGAGGGGUCCAUUAGGGGAAAUGGGAGUAAAUCUUUACAAACUAAAUAGUACAGGUAAAGGAAUUCUAAUCUGAUUUAACAAGGAGCAUCCCCGGGCCAAAGGAUGCACUUCAGGAGGGUAGAUUUGAAGAAAAAAAACCGCACAAAUUAUAUUGAAGAUUGCAACAUGGUUAAAUCUUUUAGGAGAGAAAUGCAAAUGAAAUAUUUGAAGCUUAUUUAUAAAGAUUGUAAAUAGUACCUCAUCAUUAUGGUCUGGUGUGAGCAAAAUAACAAUCAUUAUAGACUCUAUAUAAGCUGUUAUAGCAACAUGGUGUAUUCCUCCAUCAUGGGAACACUCAGUAAUAUGUGAGUGAGGCAAAUGUCAAAUAAGAAUGAGUUUGGAAGGACAGGAGUGAUUGUUUAUGGAUGUGCUUGUCGUGGUAUAUUUGACUAUUUUAUAUUUGUUUUUUUAAACUUGGGAACUAAAUCAUGAGGUCAACACUUGUAGUUAUUGCGAACAAAUGUAUGCGUUUUACAGUAUUUGGUAUACAAGUACAAUGAUUUCAGUGAUUUUUAACUUUAAUUUUUUUCACAUAUGAUGAAGCAUUAUAUUCAAAUACCUUAACAAAUAAGGUUGCAAUUUCACAUGUAAAGUUAAUAAGGGCAAUGUUUCAUCUUUUGGACAACACCAUCAAUUAUUUCAAAGUAUAUUCUGUAUCACCGGUAAUAUUUUGUGAUUAUAUAAAAAUGUCAGACUGUUUUUGUAAGACUGUUUUUGUAUAGCCUAAUGUGAUAUUAGAUUUUGGUUGGAAUUCCAGCAUUAGUUAGGAACAAAACCCAUGUUUUAUGUACCUCCAAUAAGUUUGUUGAAUGAAUCAAAGUGCUUAAAUUAUUUAACUGAAUCAAAGCUCCUAUGCUUAAAACAUUUUUUGAAUUAUUCAAAUGGUAAUCAAGCAUAGGGUUUUGUGCAAUACCCUUUUAAAGCAAUUCUGUUUUUAUGUUGAUUUAUUUAUUAGACAUGUUACCAGCACAGAUUUGUAAAGAAUGAAACACUGUAAAAAUCCACUACUGCCAUUGUGUUUUCACUGUAAAUAUCAUUUUAGCCAUGUAUGUAAAAACCCUGACGUUAUGUUGUAAUUCAUGUAUAAACAUAAACACCAAAAACAACCAACA